AUCAGUCCAACGCACGGACGUUUGCAAAUCUGAAGCCGUACGGAUGCCUCUGAGCCACCAUGUCCGCUGAGGAAACCAUUGAAGGCGGUGAAACCUCAACGGCCACCGAUCAGCCGGUCCAGACUGAGCAGGAUCCUCAGACCAGCGACCCAAACUGGAAUCGCAGAGUUCUCCGCAGCAACCGGAUAAUCGAAACUGUGACGAACACGGAGCCACCCGAAUGCGACUCCCAAUGCAAUGGGCGUUCCCCGUCGCCGUCCGACGUUCCGCAGAAUGAGGAAACGGAACGCGACGGAAUUGACUUUGAGAACAUGCAGCCUUGCAUUACCGUCCACCGCUGCGACAUUUGUGAAGCCACAUUCAGCACAAAGCGCAACAUUAAGCGCCACAAGGACACAGUACACGAGCGUCUGAGACCAUACGAAUGCGAUGUGUGUCAUCGAUUCUUCGGUACACGCUACACGAUGGUCCAACACAAGAAAGCUCGUCAUCGGCCGCCGGGAAUUCCACGAAUCAUCGUCAGGCGACACGCAUGCCCGAUCUGCUUCAAGAUGUUUACAACCAAGGGAAACGUGGCGUACCACAAGAGGCGAGUACACGAGAAGCUGAUGCCGUACCAGUGUACGAUCUGCGAUCGAAAGUUUGGUUCAAAGGGGCAUCUCCUUCGGCACAAUCGUUGUGUGCACGAGCAGCUCAGGCCGUAUCAGUGUGAAGUGUGUGGGAAACGGUUUGGUGACAACAGCAGUCUGAAGGAGCAUGUUGCUGCAGUCCAUAGUACAGAGACACCAUAUAGUUGUCCCUUCUGCCCUCGAUGUUUCUCCACCAAACGAGCAUUGCAGUGCCACAAAGACGGCGUUCACAGCGAUCUCCGCGAGCAUCAGUGCACCGACUGCAACAAGGCGUAUAAACGACCACAAGCUUUGGUUCGACAUCGAUUGCUUGUGCAUGGGAAGGGCGUGUUUUUCCCUUGCAGUGAUUGCGAUGCUCGAUGUCUCGGUCCUGUCUCUCUUCAGCAUCAUCGACGGACUUACCACGGAAAGAGUGAUAUUAAUAGGUUUGCAAGCGAACUACCGAAAGUUGAGGAUCUUAUAGGUGGAGAACCGGCUGAUCUAAGUGAAUGGAACCUAGAGCAAAUGCAGAUGGAAAUCGACAAGAGAAAGAAUCAUUUUGCUUACAACCCGCCCCCAACAUUGAGUACGGAUGGUGACGCAGAGAGCGGGUCCGACUAUGACUCGGAGCAAACUCUCCCAUUGAGCGAAGACGAGGACGAAGGUGUUCCCUUACAGAUCAACAGUGGAGAGCCAGUAGACUGGGUUAUUGAAGUAGACAACAAUCGAAUGGAUGAGCAAGAAGAGUUACAAAUAACGAGAGCUGUUAUUCCUGCAUGUUGGCCUACAGACAACACGUUGCCUCGUAAUCGUAGGAGGGUGACCUAUAUUGCCGAGGACUUUAGUGAUGACGAGAGCAUCGGCAGUUCGCUUUCGUCGUCUCAACUCAACAAGUCCAGAUCGUCAUCGGCUUCUAUUUUAUCAGGAAGAAGGCUGGCAUCCCUUAGACUACACAGAACAAGAGUUGGCAGUGCAAUGAAUAGCCAUGCUGAGACAUUGGAAGUGCCUAUAUGCUCAAAUUUGGCAGAAUCAGCCACCCAACAGGACACACAAAGUGUGCACACCACGAGCAGAAGUUUCAUCGUCCGGCCAAAUCGGAACUUCAAAUUGAUGAGAAAACGUCUCGGAUCAUUUCUUCUAUUGAAGAUCGCAAGAGCACCGACCUCAAUGAAGGUCCCAGUCCGGAGUAAUAAGAGCAUGAAAAUCGACUUUAUCGCAGAACGACUAGCAGCAAGCCAAUACAUUUCAUCUGCUUCUCCAUUAGUCCUAGAUUCCGAAGUCCUAGAGUUUUGAAAUUGUCGCGGUUUUGUUAUUCAUUUUCUAGCACUUUGUCAAAGAUUCCUUGGAAUUUCAUAUAUGAUGAUCUUUAUUAUUAUUGGCCGCGUGGUGGACAAAGAUAAUGGCAGUUUGUGUGUUCAUAGUAGUCUUUCUAUUACAGCUGAGCGAGCUCUGCAUAUUUUGCAGAACUGAGAUACAGAUAUGAAUGCAUUUAGAUGUAUCGUCACACAUCCAGUCUUGCAUGUU